AUGACAUCAGCCGAGGUAAACAUUGACAGGUAUAAACUUAUUAGACUUGAUUGUCUACACAAGCGAGGAGGACGAAUCUGCGCGUAUAUUCGCAAAGAUUUCAAAACUGUAAUCUUGAAAGAUCUAUCUUACAUAUCUGAAUGCAACUUUCACCAGUUGUGGAUCAGUGUACAGUGUAAAAAGACAAAAUCAGUCGUAAUUUGUGUAACGUACCAUCCGGAUGAUUCCCCACUAAGGUCGUUUGAUAAUGUUCUCAAGCCAAGUUACAUCCAAGCACCAACGUUAAAUAAGCCGAUUGUAAUACUCAGAGAUUUAAACUGUGAUGUGUUAAAACAGAAUUGUCCAGAAUCCAAAGCAUUGAUCAACUUUGCUUUUAAGGAUGCUCGAAAAGCUGUUAAGAGUAUGUUAAAAGAUUCUGAAAGAAAUAACUAUUUGGAUGAAGUUCAGCGACAUAAAAACAACCCAGGCUCUGUUUGGAAAAUUAUCAAUCAAGCCAUACCAUCAAAAAGUAAAGAAAAACAUACUUACACCAAAGACCCAAAGACAGUUGCUAAUGAAUUCAAUCAGUUUUUCUUGUCUGUAGGCAAAAAUGCAGCAGAUGCGUCAAUUCGUCUGGCAGAGGGGAACAACAUUACUGUAGAGGAAACACCUUUAGAGACCGUUUAUAUGCCUUCCCAAGAUCUCUUUUCCUUCCGAACAGUAACCAGCGAAGAAGUAUGCCAUGUCAUUGCAUCCCUGCCAUUGAACAAAUCCCCUGGGACCAGACAAGAUAAACUCUCGAAUCCUCAAAGACUGUCUCCCUGUUAUACUAGACCCCUAACACAUAUAAUUAACUGCUCUAUAACCUUUCAUACAUUCCCUAUUGCAUGGAAGGAAGCGGAAGUGGUUCCCAUAGUGAAAGACGGAGACCACGAAGUAGCGUCAAACAACCGCCCGAUAUCUCUUCUUGCCAUAGCUUCUAAGGUUUGUGAAAAAAUUGUUCUCGAACAAUUCAGUAGCUACCUUAUGAGCAAAAACCCUGCUCUCUCCUCAUCAAAGCGGAAAUAA